AUGGGGGCUGGAGGGACCCGGGCGGGCACGGGGCCCCCCGACCCCCUGCCGAGUCUGGAGCCUGGUCACCUGUACUCGGCCGUCGGGUCCACUGGCCUCUCGCGGCCCGGCCAGUCCCCGGGGUGGCUCCCCUGGGCCCAGCGGCCCGUGGUGUUUCCCCUGACGGACCGCACCCCCCAGACAGAGGCCGCGGGGUCAGGCGACAAGGUGCGGCUGGCUAGCCGCUCCUCACAGAGGCCCUGCCCCUGCAGGCCUGGCGCCAAGCCAGGUGUGGAUGAAGGAGCGGCCCACCGAGAGGCCCAGAGUGUGACAAAGCCCCGGGAGCCCCACGGGGCAGCGGUCAGGGCCGGUGCCUGCCUGCUGCCUCGCCGUGGGCACGUCUCCGGGCUGGCCUCCGACAUCUGGACCCUGCCCUGCCGCCGCUCAGGACGGCGUGUUGGGCAACAGACGCUCCUAGCCCAAGCCCAGCAGCCCCGGCUCCUCCUGUGCUGCCCCUUUCAGUCCGACCCGGAACUGCAGCUGUGA